AUCGUUCUUACCCCUUCCCUCCAUCACACCCCCCUCACCUCAAGAACUCGCCAUCAUGGAGUCUGACAUGGAUGCUUUGCUUGCGCAGGCCGCGAGUGGACGCGGCGGAGGCGAAAUCAGUAUUCCAGACAAUGGCGAGGUCAUCCAUAUCUCGUCCUUGGCUCUCUUGAAGAUGUUGAAGCAUGGUCGCGCCGGCGUACCUAUGGAAGUCAUGGGUCUCAUGCUCGGGGAGUUCGUGGACGAGUACACAGUACAAGUCAUCGACGUCUUCGCUAUGCCACAAUCAGGGACCACUGUCUCCGUUGAAUCCGUCGACCAUGUAUUCCAGCAAAAGAUGGUGGACAUGCUCAAGCAGACUGGGAGGUCAGAAAUGGUGGUCGGCUGGUAUCACUCACAUCCCGGAUUUGGGUGCUGGUUGUCAAGUGUAGAUAUCAACACACAACAGUCAUUCGAGCAACUGGACCGCCGUUCUGUCGCCGUCGUCGUGGACCCCAUCCAGUCUGUGAAGGGCAAGGUCGUGAUUGACGCGUUCCGGCUCAUCAACCCUACAAUGGUCCUCCAGGGCCUUGAGCCGCGUCAGACGACUUCUAACAUCGGUCACAUCAACAAGCCCUCCAUCCAGGCCCUCAUCCACGGCCUGAACCGCCACUACUACUCAAUUGCCGUCAAUUACCGCAAGACGGAACUGGAACAAGCGAUGCUCAUGAACCUUCACAAGCGGAACUGGACCGAGGGUCUCACGUUGCGCGACUUCAACGGGCACAAGGAGGCGAACGAGAAGGCGAUCAAGUCGAUGCUCUCGCUGUCAGAAGCGUACAACAAGUCGGUCCAGGAGGAGUCCACGCUGUCCGCAGACCAGCUCAAGACGCGGCACGUCGGGAAGCAGGAUCCCAAACGGCAUCUGGAGGAACAGGUCGAGCGGGCGAUAGGGGACCAGGUGGUGCAGAACCUCGGCACGAUGCUUCUGGCAGAACUGUAACUGUGUAUCUUUAUCCCGGACUUCGCCUUGGCCUUUUAGCUCCCGAUCUCUGCCUUUAUCGACGACGUCUGCAUCUCGAAUACGCUCGCAACUCCCCGGCCGAACCCCGCGCAAGGGAAAGCUCUCCAUAAGCGCGCCGCCGUCGACCAGGGACCCUUGACGCACGAGAGAUAGGAUACUCGGAACACUAACGCUGUCUUGGGCGGGACCUGGUGACCAGGCGCGUCUCCAGCUUCGACGGUAUGCCUCCGCGUAAUGGCAAAGUGUGCGAUCAUAGGACGGGGAGAUGACAUAAAUACGAAGCUUUUUAGUCGCGAUUGGCCUGGUCGAGAUCUGUCCCAUGGCAGUUAUCUCAAUGGGGCGCUGCAGCCAGAUUGCUGCGCGGACUUUGACUCCAUGAACUACCGGUU